AGGAAUGAAUUGACGGGGGCUUGGCCUCACAAGGCUGAAUUGGAUCUUUGGGUGAUCACGCAGCGGGCCUCAGAAUCGAGACGUAUAGCAUUCUGCGUGCUAGAAGACGAAGCGGCUGAGACGCGAAUGGAAACGGACGCUUCUCUCAUAUCAUACUGUCUGUUCCAUAACUCGUUCAAGGCUCGCCAAUAUGGACUCGACGCAGCCCCAGAUGCCGGCACUGCUCCCAAUAACGAUGGCGGUGCCGCCAGAUGAUUUUGACUACGGCGCGUUCCUCGAUGGGGAUAUGGAAUUCGGCAUAAGCGACGAAUAUCUAAACGCCUCUGGCGCCGACCCAGAUUCCGCCCCGAACAUGUCUUCAUCGUCGGUCGAAUUCCGCUCCAGCGACACCGCGGUCGUGUCGUCCCCCCAGAAGAAGCUCGAGAGGAGGGGCCACACCAAGAGCCGCAGAGGAUGUUUCAACUGCAAGCGCAGACGCAUCAAGUGCCAAGAGACACAACCAGCCUGCGGUCACUGUCGCAAAUCGGGCCUCCAGUGCGAGUAUCCCAGUCUGCCCCAAAUCACGCACCAGCCCCAGCACAAGAUACCCAUCUUCACCAUGGAGGAUAUGCGCUUCUUCCAGCACUUCCUGCUGCAGUGCUACCCCCAUCAUCCUCUCGGCAACGAGAACGUCUGGACGCACGAGGUGCCAUGUCUUUCGCAGACGCAUCCCUACCUCAUGCAUGCCAUCCUGGGCCUCGCCGCCUGCGAGCUCAGGAAACAGGACCCCUCGGUCCUCCCACAAGCCAUGGUCCACCGCACAAAGGCCAUCCGCGCCAUGAAGAAGUCGAUCGCCGGCCUGCCGCGACGCGGCCUGACGCACGAACAGGCCAACGCCCUCAUAUCCGCCUGCUUCGCCCUGACGUUCCAGUCGGUGCUCCUCGAAGACGGCAUGCCCGAGUACAUGGCCUUUAUCCGCGGCAUCGUCGUCGUCGGCAUGCAAAUGGCCACGCGCCGCAUCCGCCCCAUCUUCUCCAACAUCAUGGAAGAGGACGCCAGCGCCCUGAUGCAGCCCGUCAUGGAGAAGCUCGCCCCGCUGCCGCGCGCGUGGGUCGACGGCGCCGUCGCGGGCAUCGAGAACCUGGCGCCCCUCUGCGGGGCGCCCGACUCGACGGCGACCGAGUACCACGCGCGCCUGCUCGACAUGGCCGUCACGCUGCGGCGGUCGUCGUGGGAGGGCUACCAGUGCAUGAAGGCGCACUACGGGUGGUGGAUCAUGCUGCCGCACGAGCGGUUCCAGCUGGUCGUCGACCGCGGCAGCCAGGUCAUGGUGCUGCUGGCGGCGCACUGGAUCGCCCUCAAGCAGAUCAUGGCCGAGAUUACGCUGCACGAGUAUGACGUGCGGCAGAAGGCGCCGGCCGACAGGGAUCAUACGGAGGAGGGCAUGCUGCGCUGGCUGCGACACCUGAACGGGCAGGUUGAUGCGGCACAUGGAAAUUACAACGCGUGGCCUGAGUGGGUGGUUCAGCAGCUGGAUCGCGACCUGUCGUUCUUUGGCCAAAGGAUGUGA